CGGACGCCUCCUGGCGGAGAUUCCCCACUGACAAGCUAACGUGACGCAGAGCCGCUCUGCGCUUCGCUCUUUAAAUGGCCGAGUGGCUGCUGUGAACUCCUGGCGACCGGCAGCUCCUUCGUCGCUAUGCUCUCCGCUGGCUUCUCCGGCUGUAACGACCGAAAAAGCACCUUCACUAUCGAGAGCAUUCUAGGACUCGACAGGGCGACAGAUGAAUGCCCCUCAGCAGGCAAGCAGCACAGGGCACGGACGGGGGCAGAUGUGCCACUGCAGGAGGACAUUGCUUCUCUCACAUUUGCAGUGCCCAAAAGCCAGAUGGCUGAAGACAAGUGCUCUCUGGGUGAGCCGCAGGCUUCAGAGUCCUUCAAGCGGGCACUCAACUGGUACAUUGGACGCCGUCCACGUACCGCCUUUAGCGUUGCUCAGAUCGAAGUCCUGGAAAGCGUAUUUCGUGUGAACUCCUAUCCUGGCAUUGACGUUAGAGAGGAGCUCGCUCAGAAACUGGAGUUGGACGAGGACAGGAUUCAAAUUUGGUUCCAGAACCGCCGGGCAAAGCUUAAACGGUCACACAGAGAGUCUCAGUUUCUAAUAGUGAAGAAAGUGUUCACAAACCUGCAGGAACAGUCUGGACGCUAGAGGAACGGCUUCAGGACUGAUGUGUGUGUCUCUAAGACACUUUGUAUAUAGGAGUGUGCCCUCAUGUGACUGACCAUUUAUUCCCUUGU